UAAACCGUAUCGAAUCGGUUGGUUAAACCAGCCGGGGAGACUCUCAGGUCUGCUGUGCGCGGCUGUCGGUGGAAGGCUCCACAUCACUUUAGUAGGGCCCACAACACCUACCAGCCUGUCUUCUCAUACCGACACAUUCAUCGCACCAAACGCAAUCUUAGCCGUUGAUUGUACUCCAAUCGAACGGUUGAUAGAGACCGCUGAUCCGUCACCUGCCUUUAGUUUAAUCCCUUCUCUCUUCCCUGAGAAUCUCUCGUGUUCUCGGCAACGAAGCAAAACAAAAAAUAUAGCUUUUUUGUCCCGCGUUGAAGCACAACUAGUUUUCUCGAUCUCAUUGGAUCUAUAGCUGAUCAGCAUUGCAGCUUCUGGCUUGUCGGAUUUGGUGUUUUUGGUUUGAGCAUAGAUCUUUAAGCUGAUACUUGCUCCCUAGUUGUAAGCUAUGGUGUCAAUCCGGAGUGGUUCAAUCGUAAUUCUGGUUCUGCUGGCUGUAUCAUUCCUGGCCUUGGUCGCAAAUGGGGAAGACAAGACGAUUAAAGUGAAGAAGGUGAGGGGAAAGAAGUUGUGCACGCAGGGAUGGGAAUGCAGCUGGUGGUCGGAAUACUGCUGUAACCAGACGAUAUCAGAUUACUUUCAGGUGUAUCAGUUUGAGCAGCUCUUUGCCAAAAGAAACACUCCCGUGGCUCACGCCGUUGGCUUCUGGGACUACCAGUCCUUCAUUACCGCUGCUGCUCUCUAUGAGCCUCUAGGGUUUGGUACCACUGGUGGAAAGCUCAUGGGACAGAAAGAAAUGGCUGCGUUUCUCGGUCAUGUCGCCAGCAAAACCUCCUGUGGCUAUGGAGUCGCAACAGGAGGGCCUUUAGCUUGGGGACUGUGCUACAACAGAGAAAUGAGCCCAAGCCAAUCUUACUGUGACAAAACCUGGGAGGUCGAUUACCCUUGCAGCCCUGGAGCUGAAUACUACGGACGUGGUGCCUUGCCCAUUUACUGGAACUUCAACUACGGUGCAGCAGGAAAAGCCCUGAAAGCUGAUCUCUUGAACCACCCGGAGUACAUCGAGCAGAACGCGACUCUUGCCUUCCAAGCUGCAAUCUGGAGGUGGAUGACACCAAUCAAGAAAUCUCAGCCCUCGGCUCACGACAUCUUUGUUGGAAACUGGAAACCAUCAAAGAACGACACUUUGUCCAAACGUGGCCCGACUUUUGGAAGCACCAUGAACGUUCUGUACGGAGAGUACACAUGUGGUCAAGGUGACAUCGAUCCAAUGAACAACAUAAUCUCGCACUACCUAUACUUCCUCGACCUCUUGGGUCUUGGAAGAGAAGACGCCGGACCAAGCGACGAGCUCAGCUGCGCCGAGCAGAAAGCAUUCAACCCUUCAACUGCACCUUCCUCUUCCUCUUCCUAAGUCUCUGUAUCGCCGUCGUUCUCAAGUCUAUCUUGCUUCACUCGAGAAGUGCUACGUAAUAAGUGAAAUUGAUUGUGGUAAAAAGAAAUGUGUGCUUUUUUUUUUUGGGUAUAGGGCUUGGCCCUGUGUAGAACUUAUGCAUUUAUAUUUUUCUGUAUGUAAACCAUAUUGAAUUAUUGUAUUUGGAGAAUGUGUGUAAAAUAGAGAAAGCUAGGAAACAUUACUGAGGUCUACUAUGAUGUUUCUAUUCGUUUAUUCACGAGUUUUCAUAAUAUAUAGUAUAGUAUUGUACGUACAUAAUUUGCUUCGUAGCAGUUUUGGAGCUAUUAUCUGUGGAUCCCAUUAUUUGUUUUGUUUAAGGUUUUUUUAUUGAAUUUCUUUCAUUAGUUGAAACCCGGGACCUCGAAGCAGGCUUGAUUCUAUUUUUGUAUCAAC